UACCACCACACAGAGGAAAUGCCCUCACUCAGCCACCGGUGCCUCCUGUUCAGCACGACGGGGCCCUCUGGCCCCGGGGCCCUGCACCAACUCUGACUUUCUGCAGUUUCCAGCGAUCUUGGCACUUGGCUUAUAAAUGGCUUUUCUUUGGGAUCUUCAGGGAGUCACAGUGCCAGGACUACCUCCCAGAGCCAAAACAAGAUUGCGUUUCUCAAAGUCCUACAGUUUUGACGUGGACAAUGGCACAUCUGCGGGACGGAGUCCCUUGGAUCCUAUGACCAGCCCAGGCUCUGGGCUAAUUCUCCAAGCAAACUUUGUCCACAGUCAACGUCGGGAGUCGUUUCUGUAUCGAUCCGACAGCGAUUAUGACCUUUCCCCAAAGUCUAUGUCCCGGAACUCCUCCAUUGCCAGUGAUAUACAUGGAGAUGACUUGAUUGUGACUCCAUUUGCUCAGGUCUUGGCCAGCCUGCGAACUGUACGAAGCAACUUUGCUGCGUUAACUAAUUUGCAAGAUCGAGCACCUAGCAAAAGAUCACCCAUGUGCAACCAGCCAUCCAUCAACAAAGCCACCAUAACAGAGGAGGCCUACCAGAAACUGGCCAGCGAGACCCUGGAGGAGCUGGACUGGUGUCUGGACCAGCUAGAGACCCUGCAGACCAGGCACUCCGUCAGUGAGAUGGCCUCCAACAAGUUUAAAAGGAUGCUUAAUCGGGAGCUCACCCAUCUCUCUGAAAUGAGUCGGUCUGGAAAUCAAGUGUCAGAGUAUAUAUCAAACACAUUCUUAGAUAAGCAACAUGAAGUGGAAAUUCCUUCUCCAACUCAGAAGGAAAAGGAGAAAAAGAAAAGGCCAAUGUCUCAGAUCAGCGGGGUCAAGAAGUUGAUGCACAGCUCCAGUUUGACAAAUUCAAGCAUCCCAAGAUUUGGGGUUAAAACUGAACAAGAAGAUGUCCUUGCCAAGGAACUAGAAGAUGUAAACAAGUGGGGCCUUCAUGUCUUCAGAAUAGCAGAGCUGUCCGGGAACCGGCCUUUGACUGUUAUCAUGCAUACUAUUUUUCAGGAACGGGAUUUAUUAAAAACAUUUAAAAUUCCAGUGGACACGUUAGUUACAUACCUUAUGACCCUGGAAGACCAUUACCACGCUGACGUGGCCUACCACAACAGUAUCCAUGCUGCAGAUGUGGUCCAAUCGACACAUGUGCUGUUAUCCACACCUGCUUUGGAGGCUGUGUUUACAGAUUUGGAGAUCCUUGCAGCAAUUUUUGCCAGUGCAAUACAUGAUGUAGAUCAUCCGGGUGUGUCAAAUCAGUUUCUGAUCAAUACAAACUCUGAACUUGCCUUGAUGUACAAUGAUUCUUCUGUCUUGGAGAACCAUCAUUUGGCUGUGGGCUUUAAGUUGCUUCAGGAAGAAAACUGUGACAUUUUCCAGAAUUUGACCAAAAAGCAGAGACAAUCAUUAAGGAAGAUGGUCAUUGACAUUGUACUUGCAACAGACAUGUCAAAACACAUGAAUCUACUGGCUGAUUUGAAAACUAUGGUGGAAACUAAGAAAGUGACAAGUUCUGGAGUUCUUCUUCUAGAUAAUUAUUCUGAUAGGAUUCAGGUCCUUCAGAAUAUGGUACACUGUGCAGAUCUGAGCAACCCAACAAAGCCUCUUCAGCUGUACCGCCAGUGGACUGACCGCAUAAUGGAGGAGUUCUUCCGCCAGGGAGACCGAGAGAGAGAGCGGGGCAUGGAGAUAAGUCCCAUGUGUGACAAGCACAAUGCAUCUGUGGAAAAAUCACAGGUGGGCUUCAUAGACUAUAUUGUUCAUCCUCUCUGGGAGACGUGGGCAGACCUCGUGCAUCCUGACGCCCAGGACAUUUUGGACACUUUGGAGGACAAUCGUGAAUGGUACCAGAGCACAAUUCCUCAGAGCCCCUCCCCAGCGCCUGAUGACCAGGAGGAAGGCCGGCAGGGUCCAACCGAGAAGUUCCAGUUUGAACUAACUUUAGAGGAAGAUGGCGAGUCUGACACCGAAAAGGACAGUGGAAGUCAAGUGGAAGAAGACACGAGCUGCAGUGACUCCAAGACUCUCUGUACUCAAGAUUCAGAGUCUACUGAAAUUCCCCUUGACGAGCAGGUGGAAGAGGAGACCGUAGGGGAGGAAGAAGACAGCCAGCCCGAAGCCUGUGUGAUAGAAGACCAUUCUCCUGACACGUAACAGUGCAAAGACUUUAACACCUUUUUUUUUUUAAUUUAAGUAGAAAAAUUGUUUCCAAAGUGCAUGUCACAUGCCACAACCAUGGUCACACCUCACUGUCAUUUGCCAGGAUGUUUGUUGAAUAAAACUGACCUUGACUACUCAGUCUGGCGCUCAGGAAUAUUGUAACCAGUUUUUCACCUCCAUGUCAUCGGAGCAAGGGGGACAUCUUCACGAACAGCAUUUUAACAAGAUUUCAGCUUGGUAGAGCUGACAAAGCAGAGAAAAUCAACUCCAAAAUGUUUUCAAGAGAGUGUGGCUCAUCGGGCAGCACAAAAAUUGUUAUGAUUUGGGGUCUCUUUACUUGUUAUUUGUUUGCAAUAUUUUCAGCAGAAAGAAGGCAUUACACAGACAGAGUGAACCUAUGGAUGAAGCAACAAAUGUGUCAGGAACAGGACACAGCCUGAGUCUGUUACCAGGAGGAAGAUGAGCCACAGAAAUUACAUAAUUUUCUAAUUUCAAGUCUUCCUGAUACAUGACUGCAUAGUGUGGUUCGGUGAGCUGCACUAACCUCGACAUUUUGUAUGAUAUGUAAAACAGAUUUUUUGUAGAGCUUACUUUUAUUAUUAAAUGUAUUGAGGUAUUAUAUUUAAAAAACUAUGUUCAAAACUUCAUCUGCCACUGGUUAUUUUUUUCUAAGGAGUAACUUGCAAGUUUUCAGUACAAAUCUGUGCUACACUGGAUAAAUCUAAUUUACGAAUUUUACUUGCACCUUAUAGUUCAUAGCAAUUAACUGAUUUGUAGUGAUUCAUUGUUUUAUAUACCAACAACUUCCAUAUUUUAAAACAGAAAACAAUUUUAUGUUGCAAGAAACCCUUUUUGUAGGUCUUCAUUUACUUUGCUUUUCAUUUCCGUCUUUUCAGAUAAGCAGAGUUGCUCUCACAGAUAUUUUUUUCCAUGGUGUACAAAGUGAAUAUUUGUUCUGUGAUACUUUGAUGUGCAUUCUGUCUAAUGUGUCUUAAGCCUCAUAAACAAUCAUCAGUUGGUGUUGUCUGAAGCAAGUAAGAGAUAUAUAAAUAACCAGUAGCUAAAAUGGUCUUUUUUAGAUAUUUUCCUACUUAGUGUCUUCUGAUAACUUUUUGCCGUGUCAACAGACCCUCAUUUCACAAGUGCAUGUCUUUGUAAUAACCCUCAUAUUUUAUGCUCAUUUUUAUUGUUUCACAGUCAGUUGUAAGAACUUUUUCCCCUUGUGCCGCUCUGUUAUUUAGUGUGUGUUUGAACCUCUGUCCACGUUCACUAGAUGGGGUCUUACCAAAUAUAUCACCACCAUCCAGAUUGAUGAAAAGUAGCAGGUAGUCAGGCUAGAGUCACCAUUUAUUUCUACCACAAGGCCAAAUGUAAUGCCUAACUUUAACUCUUGAUUUACAGAGAAAAGUUAACAGCUAGCUAGGUAAUGUUUUUAAAUAUUAGCAGAAUAUAUUAACGAACACCAGUACAACUAAUGCUCUUUUAUUUCCAUGAUUUCACCAUGGGAUUAAGAACUAUGUGAGGGAUACUCUUGAGAAGAGAUCUUAACUGUAGCAACUGCUCUUCCUUAAUGGACAGCCUCGUAAUGUAGAAAUUGCUUUCUCAGUUAUCACUGGUCCACAAGUAUGUCUUGUAGAGGAGAAUAUUAUUAAAUUCACCAAGGGAAAGAAGUUGAGGAUGUCACUGGUAUCAGGGGUUGGGUACUAUAGUGCCACCCUAAAAUACUAGGCUGGGUAAGAUUCUACCUAAAUAACGGAUAAUUCUUGGCUGUAUUUAGCACCAAGAAAUGUAUUACAAUUUUUGAGACUACUUCCCGGUAUUUACCUUCACUUGGCAUCAUGGGGCACUUACCUACUUUGGAGUUCUGCCCAUCCCAGCUCUUAAUAAAGUAUUUGUCUUGUCUACAAUGAACUGGGAGCCCAAAUAGUCAUUUUUCACAUGGAUGUUUCAGGCACUGAAAUAGAGACUGAAAGGGUAUCUGACCAAAUGGAAAAUAAAUUAAAUAGUCAAGAAAAAUUGUAACCCUGAAAAGCAUUUAUAUUUGGGAUUUCUCAAGAGCCUUCUGGGGACUAAUAACCAAGUCAUCAGCCAGGGAAAUGACCCAAGCUGAACAUAGUCCCUCUUUUAAUCCCCUGAGAUCCACAGGGGGAAACUCUGAUUAAAAAAUUAUGUAGCUCUGAUCUGUUCUUAGAACAGAACAGGAAUCAACUAAUUUGUUAUCAGAUUUCCACCCUCUUCCCUGAAAAAAGUAAUCUUUCAAAUACAGUCCUGUGUUUAGCUAAGUGAUUUCAUAAGAACACUUGAAAACUCAUUUUAAUUUUAUUUGUCCUUGCUGGAAGUCUAGAAGAAAAUGCAAACAAUCUAGAGUGAAUUUAUUUAUCCAAAAUAUUCUCAUCCCGUCCUCUCACUACUGCUUGGUAUUUCCCCCACAGAGUGCCUAAAACCUUAAUAAUAAUAGAAAAAAAAUUAAAGUAGCAAUAUGUCACAAAUCCGGACCUGGAAGGAUUUGUAACUGCAUCGAAAACCAGAGCUGUUUUGUUUUCAGUUUGUUGGUUUAUAAUGAUCACAUGUUGUGAAGAUACUCACCGAUGGACAAUCAAAUUGUAGAAAAGGCAUAAUAUCCAAGAGACGGACUAAUGCACUGUACAGUCUGCUUACCCGCUCCCUUCUUUCUCUUUCCCUCUCUCUCGCCAAAGUGUGCUUCAGAAUUAUAUGCCGUUUUGAAGAGAACAUCCUUUUACAAGUGGCUUUAUAUUUCCUAAAAUGCCAUAAGAAAAUGCAAUAUCUGGGUACUGUAUGGGGAAAAAAAGUCCAAGUUUGCAUAAAACCAGUACAUUUCAGCUUGCAAGUUACUAAACAUAAUAUUGCUUUUUCAAUUUUCUUUUACAUCACUUAAAAUUCACAAAAAAAAAUAAUGUAGAUAGAACAAAUUGCAGACAAGGAAAAAAAAAACUUGAAUGAAAUGGAUUUUACAGAAAGCUUUAUGAUAAUUUUUGAAUGCAUUAUUUAUUUUGUGUGCCAUGCAUUUUUUUCUCACCAAAUGACCUUACCUGUAAUACAGUCUUGUUUGUCUGUUUACAACCAUGUAUUUAUUGUAAUGUACAUACUGUAAUGUUAAUUGUAAAUUAUCAGUUCUUAUUAAAACAUCAUCCCACGAUAGGAUGGUGUUGAUAUAUUUGGAAACUCUUGGUGAGAGAAUGAAUGGUGUGUAUACAUACUCCUUGUACAUUUUCUUUUCUCCUGUAAUAUAUAUAUAGUCUCGUCACCUUAGAGCUUGUUUAUGGAAGAUUCAAGAAAACUAUAAAAUACAUAAAGAUAUAUAAAUUUAAAAAACAUAGCUGCAGGUCUUUGGUCCCAGGGCUGUGCCUUAACUUUAACCAAUAUUUUCUUCUGUUUUGCUGCAUUUGAAAGUUAGGUAAUGGGGCGGGCUAGGGCUGGGCAUUUUACAUCCAAGCUUUGAAGCAGUUGGAUUUCUGGCACCAGCUGGACUUUAUAAAACCACAGUCAACCUCUGAAAGAUUCUGAGACCCUUCUGAGUUACAAGCUUUUAAGUACUUCUUGCUGUGAAGCGGCACUGGAUAUAUAAUCUUCUUUUCCCUAUCUCUUGAUCAGUUACAUCUGCGUGUUGUUUUGGUUUUUUGUGUUUUUGUUAACCUUCAAACACUACUUGGGAAAAUAUAUUCUUGUCCAAGGCUAACAAAGUCUUUUUUGCUUCUUAAGCACAUAGGCAAAUGAACUUGAUUUAAAUCUAGAGCCAUAGGUCACAUGUGAUGAUCAGUCAUUUAUUCAUCAGCUCCUGUCAUAUUAAGAGAAUAUGUAAUGUGGAAAAAUAUAUAAUAUAAUAUGAAAAGGUCAUUUUUCUUAACUCUGGAAUUUGACUUUACCUAAGAUGAACCAAAUUUCCAUGUAUGUAAAUCCAAAGAUAAGACAGUUUUUAUAUGCCAGUUCACAGAAAAAUGAUUUGCCAUUCUCUAGAAUUUGUUUCUGCAAAACUUCUAUGGCUGUAAAGUUUUAAAAGUUAACCUUGGAGUUGUGGCCAGCUCCCAAAGCAUUGAAAAGUUCCCAGUGGGUGGUAUGGAAACUGCCUCCCACUCUUGCCCAGCCCUCAGAGCAUGUGACUUAGUGAGAGAUUCUUUUUCUAGAAAAAAUGAGCCUCCUAUUAUUUUAUUUUAUCUUUUUGACACAAACUGUAGAUUUUAGCAGCCCUGGCCCAAAGGAAUUUGAUUACUUUUGUUUUAAACAGUACAAAGGGGACACUAUAAUUAUGAAAAACAUCCUUCCUGAUUUCAGUUGUAUUUAAUUUUAUUUCUUAGAUUAUGUUUUCAGAGUGGUAAAUUGUGUGUGCGCAUUACAAUGAUGAUGAUUCUUUUAGUGGUUUCUUAGCCUCUUUACAGCCCAUGGGGAUAGUACUGUACAUCAAUACCUUCAUAUGAAUUUUUUAUAUGCAAUGAAAAUAAAAGCAUGGGUUGAUUCUGCCUA